AGAACUUUCAAGAAGCGUGUUGACUCGCGAGGGUGGGGAGGGUCCGCAGCUCCCGGGAACCCCAGCGGACUGGAUGCUAAACUGGGCGUCGGCGAAAACCUGGAUUAAGGAUCGCUGGGCCUCGGCGCACGGAGAGUUAUCCCGCCCUUUCCCGAACCUCCUUGCCGAGUCUUCGCCCCAGCUCAGGCAGGGCGCAAACUGAAAGUGGAAAACCGCGGGGCUGUCGGCCGCCCUGCGAGCCUCCUGCCCCGAGACGAGGGGACCACCAGAAGCUCGUGACCAAUCUUGGGCUUGCUCGUGAUGUCACACUACAACUAGGGCUUGUUUCUGGUCCAUCCCGUGGUCUCUCAAAGGGAGGGCUUUCAGUUGGGUCCCGGCUAUCCACAUUGAAUAAGCAACCCAGAAUUUUUGGAUGCCUUCUGCUUUGAAGACUCCAGCUGCUCUGAUGAUAGCUUAAGAAGACUGCAUGCUGUUCCCUCUCGAUGCCAAGCCAGGCCUGCGCAGAACCUCGGAUCUCAGUCCUUCAUGGAGACCAGGUCCCAGCAGGAAUGACAGUGGAAGAAAUUGGCACCCAGAUGGUUCCUCCAUAUGAAGCUGUCUUGGGCUGUGGGCCGGCUCGAGAACACCUGGUCACCAGGCUAGCCCUCUGUCAGUCACCCAGGGCCGGGCAGCAUGGUGUGGAUUCAGAGGAGGAAACUUUUGGCAUCUUGCCUAUGCAUCAUGGCCACCGUCUUUCUGCUUGUCACACUCCAGGUCGUGGUCGAGCUGGGAAAGUUUGAAAGGAAGAAGUUUAAAACUUCCAGUUUGCGAAAUGGACAGGCAAAAGUGGAAGAGGAGCCUGCAGAUCUCUAUCCGAUCCCCGGGAGAGAAGCACGGAUCUUGACAAGGAAAACCCAGCGGGACACUGAGAGCUACCCCAUCAUGCUUUGGUGGUCCCCACUGACUGGGGAGACCGGAAGGCUCGGCCAGUGUGGGGCAGAUGCGUGUUUCUUCACCAUCAACAGGACCUUCCUACAUCAUCCCAUGACCAAAGCCUUCCUCUUCUAUGGCACUGACUUUAAUAUAAAUAGCUUACCUCUGCCUCGGAAAGCCCAUCACGACUGGGCCCUUUUUCACGAAGAGUCUCCAAAAAACAAUUACAAGCUCUUCCACGAGCCAGUCAUCACCUUGUUCAACUACACUGCCACAUUCAGCCGGCAUUCCCACUUGCCCCUGACCACCCAGUACUUGGAGGGCGUAGAAGUCCUGAAGUCACUCCGAUACCUGGUCCCCUUGAGGUCCAAAAACAACCUUCGAAGCAGACUUGCUCCGCUGGUGUACGUCCAGUCCGACUGUGACCCGCCGUCAGACAGGGACAGCUAUGUCCGAGAGCUGAUGACUUACAUCGAGGUCGAUUCCUACGGGGAGUGUUUACGAAACAAAGAUCUCCCUCAGCCGCUGAAAAACCCAGCCUCUAUGGAUGCCGAUGGCUUUUAUAGGAUCAUUGCACAGUACAAGUUUAUCCUUGCUUUCGAGAACGCGGUGUGUGACGACUACAUCACUGAGAAGUUCUGGAGACCCCUGAAGCUGGGGGUGGUCCCUGUGUACUACGGGUCCCCCAGCAUUGCAGACUGGCUCCCGAGUAAUAGAAGUGCUAUUCUCGUAUCGGAAUUUGCUCACCCUAGAGAACUGGCAAGUUACAUCAGACAGCUGGACCACGACGACAGCCUGUACGAGGCCUACAUAGAGUGGAAGCUGAAGGGUGAGGUCUCCAAUCGGCGACUUCUUGCAGUGCUCAGGGAACGGAAAUGGGGUGUGCAAGAUGUCCGCCAGGACAACUACAUCGAUGCCUUCGAGUGUAUGGUGUGCAGCAAGGUGUGGGAUAACAUCCGGCUUCGGGAAAAGGGUUUACCACCCAAAAGAUGGCAGGCCAACGUGAUGCACCUGAGUUGCCCGGAGCCUGCGGUGUUUGCUUUCUCACCUCUGGCUCCUCGCCGGAGCUCUUUGCGGGAGAUGUGGAUACCAAGCUUUGAGCAAUCCAAGAAGGAAGCCCAGGCACUAAGGUGGCUGGUUGAUAGGAAUAAAAAUUUUUCAGCUCAAGAGUUUUGGGCCCUGGUUUUCAAGGACUAAUUUCUAGAAGGAUCAGAAUGAUAUAGACUAGCGCUCUCCUGAGGUUCAUUUUCUAGGUUGCCUUAAUACAUGAGUAUCAUAGCUACUUGGUUGACUAUCCUUUAGGAUAAGGAGUACUUGCUGCAGUACUCAUAAUGAGCCUUCUCAGAUAAUGGAUGUGAAUUGCCCUUAGGGGUCACCUCUAUAUUUUUUAUACUAAAAAGUAAAUAUUUCUUAUGGUCACCUUCCGCUGACAUGUCUGGACCAAUGUACCUGCUGCCUUUUGUGGACAUUCAGCUAAUGUGGAGUGAAUGUUUCCCUCCCUGCAUGGGAGGCAGAGGGUGGAGCUGUGGAUUCUUGAUACUCACCUCACUGUCUGCAGUUUAUUAGUGUCUGGCAAGCCCAGGGUCCUGAUGCUGAGCAUGAACAUGAAAUGCAUUAGAACUUGGCAAUGAGAGAUUCCAUCUGUUGGUUUCCAGGGAUGUAAGUGAGUAAUAAAAGCUGUGUGCAUUUUAUCCGCUUUUUCUCUUCAAGUCAGAAGAACAUACGCCUGUCUGCCUUCUCCUUACUCUUACUACCUCUUUCUUUCCGUCUUGCCCUGCCCCCGCCCCCACUCCCACCACCCCCCAAGUGGAAUGUCUUAUGGAAGAUGUGCCUCCUCCUUGUUUGUUUUGAACAGUGAGAUGUUCUCAAUGGUCCCUUCUCCUGCAGAGCAGAAUAAUAAUCUUGAGAUCGGACACCCUGCACCCUCUGAUCAAUGUGAGAAGGGAAGUGGGUGGCUCCCCGGAAUUCCGGUUGUGUUGAAGGUGAUUUGUCUUCUCUUAGGCUGAUGUACAGCCUGUAGUAAUGGGCAGCCUGCUCUGGUAGGUGAGCCUUCCUGUUAUUUCUGAUCCCGGCACAGAGAAGUUGUGGCUGUCCUGUCAGGAGCACCUAUGGGAACUCCCAUGAUAGACAAGGAGACAGCGCUGGCUGGCGUUUUCUCCUCAUGUGGGGUGGGGAGGCUGUUAGAGGAUCCUAAAGCCUGUUGCCACCAGAUGUGCCUGGCUUUGGUGCUCUUUACUGUGGAAAGAUAUCAGCUACUGAGGCCAGGAAUGGUCUCUGAUUCUUAUGUCCCUGAGGUGGCCAUAUGGGUGAAACUCAAGAUGGCUCCCGUAGUGCCAGCUCUCCCUUCACCCCAGGGCAGUGCCAUGCCCAGUCUCUUUCAUGAGAAGCUCUCUCCCUGGCUGUGUGCAGGGGUAAGGAGGAAAUCAGGUUCAUUCAUUCAGGAGCAAGAAAGUUCACAUUGCUGGAUGGGAGGCAGUUCUGUGACUAGGUUUUUCUCAAUCCCAGCACUGCCAUUAACUGAACAUGAUUCAGUACAACUCUCUUAACUUCCCCAGGCCUUCGUUUUUGUACCUAAAAAGAAGCGAUUGGGCUGGUCAUUGAAGCUCUUCUCUUUGUAAUGUUCUUUGUUUAUCAAAAUUAAGAAGUUUCAUUUUGUAGAUGUUUUUACUCAGGCAGUAGUAAAUCAUGAAGCACCACUUCAUGGUUUUCAAGAAGAAAGCUCUUUGAAGGAAGAAGUACACUUCUUGGGUAGUAUUAGGGGUAGAAAGAAAGUAGGUGAUCUCUGCCAUUUUUUUUUUUUUUCUGAUAAUGUCCAAAGGGAAAGCAUCGGUAAGGGAGAUUGUGUGUUACACACCAGAUUUUAAAUUGUAUAUUAAAUGAGUUUUGUUGUCGUACCUUUAAUAAAAAGCCCAGGAUGUGAUUUGUGCAUCUGGUGGGGUAUUAUCCAGUAGAUCCAGUUCUCCAUAAAAGCCUUAAACAAAUCCCCAGUGCUCAUAGGCUUCUCGUAUGUUUUAAACCUCAACAUUGCAUGUAGUUUUGUUCUACUCGGUUCUUCAUUAAGACUCUGUAGACAAAAUUCUGCCUAGACUUUUGUGAAGUAGCCCUGAACAAAUUGAGUGAAAUGAAAAAUAAUUGAUUGUUUAAUGGGGCAUCAACUUCUUGUGGGGAAAGAAGUUGGAGGAGAGGGAAUUCCAUGGGAUUGAAAAUGAGGUAUGUUUCAGAGAAAAUAGAUUAAACGUUCUUUGGGACUCUGGGAGUACACAUAGAUUUGAGACCUUAUUCACACGCGUCUUCCGUAAUAGGAUUUUUAUUAAUAAGAUGGUACCCUUGUCUGUGAUAAUUGUGGUCAUGGAGGGAGAGGCAUGGCCCCACGGUAGAAGGAUUCUUACCUGUAAAUAGGGAGCUGUGUGGUUUUGAGUUCCGUGUAGGUCCCCUCAGUGACAUUGUGUCCGUUGAGCCCAUCAGACCACACCUUUCUCUUUACCUCACUCUCUCCACUUGUGAACUGUGGUUGAGAGAGAGUCCUCUUUCACUGGGAUGCCAUGAGGAAUGGCUCUUGGCUGUGGAGGACCUGAUGUAACAUUCUGUUUAGGGCGUCAGCGCAUUUCGCAUGGGUUGUUCUCAGAGACCGAGUCUCUAAGUGAUAUGACAAGGUGGAUAGAAACCUUUUCAGAAACGUUGGAGAAAGGGCUCGCAUAUGCUAGUCAAUAGUCUUCACAUCUUCACCUGAAAAUGAGAUCAAUUUGACAUUGAUCCUGUAGCAGUAACAAAAUUUCAGAACCUGUUCGUGGACUGGCUUUGUUGCUGUUAAGAGCUAGAUUCCAGUAACUAGAGUAUCCUUUGAGAUUCUUGUCAUUAUUAGUAACAAAUUGAAUGCAGUGUUGUAGGUGAUACUGGGAAGUAGAAGACAUAAGCGAAAAUGAACACAUAAACGAAAAUGAACGUCCUUGCUUUGAGUCACACAUUGUAGAUUACACAUAGAACAAGCCUAAUAUCUAUAGAACACUGUAUGAAUCCCAGCACGCCACAGACCUGAAAUUGAAAUGCCCAGUGUUAUACUAUGCAUUUAAAAAAAACCCUGUUAGUGUAGCUCAUAAUUCCUGCUAAGGAUGACAAGGCAUUAGGGGGACUCCAAAGGAGAGUUAGUUUUCAGUGAAUGAUAUUAUCUGAAGCAUCUACAUAAAUAACAUAAGUCUUUCUUGGAAUCUUCAAAGUAUAAAAUGUAACAGUUCACAGGCCAAGAAUAAUGGUGGUUAGUUUAUGUUUCAAAUAAUUUUGCAAUCCUGAAUGUUCUGUAAAGCACUUUCUUACCCUUCUUUAGGGAAUGUCUUUGUUUUCAUUUUUGUUGUUGCCAUUAUUGAUAAUUGUCUUUACUGUGAUAAAUGUCUUUACCUUUUUAAAAAGAUCUUAUUUAUUUAUUUGACAGAGAGAGAGGGAACACAAGUAGGGGGAGUGGGAGAGGGAGAAGCAGGCCCCCCCUACAUCAGGCAGGGAGCUCAAUCCCAGGACCCUGGGAUCACGACCUGAGCCGAAGGCAGACGCUCAACAACUGAGCCACCCAGGUGCCCCUUUACUGCAUAAUUCUAAUGUCAGCCCUUAUCUUUUAUUUUCUUCUGAUUACAGAAAUAAAAAUGCUUACAAAACUUGGAAAACUGAACUAUGAACUAUGACUCCAGAAUAAGAAGAGCAGGUUUUAGUCCCUACUGUCCAGUAUACUUUCUAAAGAUGAUAUCUUGGGGGCACCUGGUUGGCUCGGUCAGUUAAGUGUGAAACUUUUGAUUUCAGCUCAGCUCUUGAUCUCAGGGUCAUGGGAUCGAGUCUCUAUUGGGCUCUGCACUAUAGGUGGAGUCUGUGGGAGAUUCUCCCUCUCCCUCUCUCUCUGCCCCUCCGUGCUCCUGUCUCUCUUAAAUAAAUAACUAAAUCUUUAAAAAAAAGAAAGGUGGUACCCUGGCCAAGUUAUUUGGCCCUUCUAAGCUUCCAUUGCUCACCAGGAAAAGGUCAUUAUAUAUCUAACGGCACUGUGAGGUUGUGAAGUGUAAAUAAGUCAGUAUUCAUACUUCUGUCUAUAAAUGCUAGCUGUAGCUGUUCCAGCUCUCCGUGGCCAUCACCCUUUGUGAAGACCUUGACUGAGAUUUGCACAGAACGAAAGAAUGGCUAAUGAUAGUACUAGUGAUGGUGUUCCUUUUAGUUCUCCACUUAGUUAUCUGAGAGCUAUUUUAUUAUGAGGUAGGCAUUGGGCUGUACCCCUUAGCCAGUGUGAGUCAGACAUGGGAGAGAGUAUGUGGGGUUCUGGGUAAGGCUUUGAGAUACCAGGAUAUCAUGAAAGCCAGAGACUGAGGAUAAUGCUCAGAUUGUACUGUCCCUCCCCUCCAUGGGAAUUUUGGUAGAGUUUUACGCAAAGCUCCUAACAGUGUAGUGGGAAUCACACAACCUUUUUAUAGUACCUGUGCAAACCCAGCUAAACCCAGUGCAGUGAUCUCUGGCAAAAGCCUUUCAAUUUUGCAGUUUUUAGUCUUGGGAGGAGCCUGUUCAGUGUGCUCAGAGAAAGGAGGGAGAGGUGACCAGGUCUAGAGGUCCUGCCCUUUUAUGUAAUAAGUUUACUUACCAACUGAAAAUCAAAAAAGAAGAAAAGAAUAGAAGCCUGCUUAGGACUUCUCCUGGGAGACAAGUCCCGUUUUGCUCUUCAUAUUUAUUGAUGCAAGAACAAUGCUUAGGAGCCUACUUUUUUUUUCUUUUUUUUUUAGGAGCCUAUUUUUAAGUCACAUAACUUCUCUGGUUGAUCAGUAUUGGGGCCUAACCCAUUAAAUUAGUGACCCUGGUGGUGGGAAUCAUUCAGUAGAAGGGCACGAGGCAGAGGUGUGGGGAGGAAAAGGAGUGACCCUCCAUGAUUUUUAUCUUCUCAACUCAUUGGGCUUAACAGCCAAGCUGCGGCUAUGUCUUUAAGGGGGUGUGACCAGUCGUGAUCCACAGAAACCAUCUUUUACCUUCCUGAGGCUUCUUCCUAAAUACCUGUCCUUGCUCCUUUGGGUUCCCCAGGAACUGCUUCCACGAGCGGUUGAGCUAUCUGGAACUUCUGAAAUGAAUCAGAGUUGCACACUGAUUAACGCUUCCAAGGGUGUUCUGAGCAUUAGGUCAGACUUUCAUGCCCUAUUUCAUUUCUCAUGCAAACUAGGGCCACAUCAUCCCACCUAGCUUACCAGAGAAGGUGAUAACGCCAGCCCAAAUAAGCCAUUAUGGAUAUUUGGAAUUUUGCUGUCACAAACUCCUUAAUUAAAAAACAAAAGCCGAUUGGCAAUUUAAGAAACUUAAAGACUUAUCAGGGUCAGUAGGGGGUGAUAUUAAGGGUUUUGAAGCAAGGACAGUAUCUUUUAGCAGGAGACUUUGAAAUCAGCCUAAUAAAACUCGCUUCUUAUAGAGUAAACAUGGCUAUGGGCACUCAUCUAGUGAGGCACACAGGGGAAAAAAUAAUAUGCCAGUUUUAUUUUUAAAUGACCUCAAUGAAACAAUAAAAAUGAUUUAUUUCAUUAAACCUUGA